CAGACGCGCAGACAGAAUUUAAAAUGUGUGCGCAUUUCCCUGGCGAGCGGCGCGUGGGGCUCGGACACGGAGACGCACGAACACGCAACUCUGCCGGACGCCUUAAUUAAUUAGAGACCACGAGCAGGAGACCACGCACCGCACCGCACCGCACCUGUUCCCACCGUCACGCACGAGAUGCAGGGGGGGGGCAGCACACAGCGAGGCUCUGCGCGGCUCUUCAGCGUCCUGGAUCGUCUCCUGCUCACGCAUCCCGUGUGGCUGCAGCUGUCACUCAACCACGACUCCGCCCUCUACAUCCUGCUCAGAGAGCCUGUGGGGACCUUUCUGGUGCGAAAGUGCAGCUCCAGCCAGAGGAAGGUUCUGUGUUUGAGAGUGACAGCGGACCGGAGUGCCUCCUCUGUGAAGGAGUGCUUCAUCUGUGAAGAGGACUCCACCUUCGCCCUGGAGAGCUCCGCCCUCAGCUUCCCCGACCUGUGUCGACUGGUGGCCUUCUACUGUGUCAGCAGGGAUGUGUUGCCUUUCCCACUGGAGCUGCCGGACGCCAUCGCCAAGGCCACAACUCACCGGCAGCUGGAGGCCAUUUCCCACAUGGGACAAGACUUCUGGAGCUCGCCAGGUUCUCCAGACGUCCAAAACGGACCCGUGGCGCCAUCUGCAUCCACCAGCGGCAGCCCGGCAGCGGUGGCCCAGGACCGGUGCACCCUGCUGAGCCGAGGCAGACAAGGCAAACUCUGCUUCAUCAACCCGCUCUUCCUGCAGCUGGAGGUUUACAAGCAGCCGCAGCUCACACACCACAGUGCCUCCAACAAGCGGCACCGCUUCACGCGCAGCAUUCGGCUCCGGCUCUCCGAGACCUCCAUGAACCUGUCCCUCGAGGGCGUCGGCUCCUACUCGCCUCCGUCGUCACUGGAGCAGCCGGACGGGGCGGAGAGGCUGCAGAGGGCCAACCCACAGAGGAGAGUCCACCCUGGGGCGGGGGUCCUGAGGAGAACCCCCGCUGUGUCGCCAGGUUCUGCAGAGGAAGAGGACACGAUGUCCGUCUAUGUGCCUGAGGUGGAAGCGUCUGCGAAGCCCCAGCAGUCAGAGCGAGCGCCAGGCAUCGAGGUGGCGGUCCUGGCCCUGGAGCGCCGCCCGGCCCCGUCCCUGGCCGAGCUGGACAGCAGCAGCUCCUUCAGCAGCAUGGACGAGGACAACGACUCGGAUUCGGAUCCAGACAGCUCGGUCCAAGGCCAGAUGCUCGCCCACCAUCGGCCGCCCCUCGUGCGCUCCAGAGGGCGCGGCGGGCUGCACCGCAUGAGCGAGGCCUUCGUUUGUUUCUUUGCUCCGGAUAAGCGUCUGACGAGGCUGGUGGAGGAGCUGUCCCGGGACAGGCGCUCCACCUUCGGGGGGAUGGUUCAGGACUUCCUGCUGGCACAGAGGGAGGUGCUGAAAGCCCUGGCCUCCUCGUCACCACCCUCCUCUUCCUCAGCUCCGGUGACGGCCGUGCAGCUCCUGCAGGGUCUGAGGCUCUUUCUGUCCCAGGCCAGGUGCUGCCUGCUGGACAGUGGAGAGCUGGAGCCGCCCAUCGAGACGCUGGUGCCAGAGAACGAGAAAGACCUGGCGCUGGAGCGAGCCAUGUUCUCCUGCGUGCUCCGGCCCCUGAGGUCCCACCUGGAGAAGGCCCUGGUGGCGUUGCACAACCAGGACGGCUCCAGCCAGCGCCUCACCCAGAACCUGCUCCGUCUGAGAGGGGACGCCGCCAUGGAGCGGCUCGGCGUGCGGACGGGCGUCCCGGACAGCCGCGGGGUAGAGCGGGUGAAGCAGAAGCUGGUGCUCAUGCAGCGGACGCACUCGCCCAUCGACAAAGUCCUGCUGCUGCUGCAAGUUUGCAAGUGCGUCCACAAGGCCAUGGGCUGCCUGCUCGGACAGGAAGUGAGCUGGGAUGACUUCCUGCCGUCCCUGUCGUAUGUGAUGGUGGAGUGUAACCGGCCCCACAUUCUGCUGGAGGUGGAGUACAUGAUGGAGCUGCUGGAGCCGUCCUGGCUCGGAGGGGAGGGCGGUUACUACCUGACCAGUGUGUUCGCCAGCCUGUGUCUGAUCCGGAGCCUGGACGGGGAGCAGCCGGCGGCGAGCUGCCUGACGCCCGAGGCCCAGGAGGCGCUGAAGGAGUGGAGCAGCAGACGGAGCCGAGAAGCCCAGAGACAAAAGGAGAGCCAGCAGAACCAGAGGUGCGUGAGGAUACUGUUCCAGGACGGGGAGCGCAGCGCUGUGCGGACGUUGCAGUGGAGAGCCGGGGAGAGCAGCCAGGCUCUGGCGCAGCUGUGCGCCGACACCUUCGGCGUGUCCGACCCGCAGCAGUACACCCUGUACUGGCGCAGCGGCGGCGAGAUGAGGGCCCUGCCGCCGCAGGCCCAGCCCCAGGACCUGGCGGGCCACAGCGAGGGGGGCCCCUCGCUCUCCUACCUGAGGACCGACCACGACUUCAGCAAGAUGCGGCGGCUCACCAGGGGUGGCGCCGUGGACCUGAGCGAGUCGGUGUGUGAGGAGUGAGUGGGAGGGAUGGAGGAAGGAGGGAGGAAGAAGAGGAUGAGGAGGAGGAGGAGGAGGAUGGAGGAUCUCUUUCUCUCUUUCUCUCUCUUGUUCUGUCUCUUUCUCUCCGGCAGUGUGUUGUGUCUCGUCGUGGGUCAGGACUUGUGAAAACCCUUCUCCGGACUCGGACCUUACAUGGUCAACUCUUCCCUGAACGGAGCCGAGCGGCGCAGCCCCGACGUGUAGAGACUGAUCAGUGUGGCUGCUAUAGCGUAAAGGAGUGUGCUGUUGUGACAUGGAACAUGUGUAAUAAAUGGAUUUGGUUGUUUAUGUGAAACAUGAGCCCAGAGCAUAGCCUGUACCAUGAGGGGAUUACAUCAUCAGAACGUGAGGAGGCUCAAAUCCAAAGACAAAUUCUGUGCCACUAUUGUUGCCUGGAAACCAAAACCCACUUCCUGUCCACACCAGAAGGCGAACAGUCCACGGUGGUGAUGUAACCCUCUCACGUUAUGGUUCUGGGCAAAAUAUAACAGACAUGGAUGUUUUAAUGCUUCACUUUUAAUGCGUAAACGUCUGCAGAUCUCUGGAUGGAUGUAAAAGGGUUAGGGGGGGGAGGGGGUGGGGGGACAAACCUCAAAACCAAAGUGAUGAAAACAGAAAGAGACGCCAUUUUGUGACACAUCAGGUGACAUGAAGCUGGAGGGAAGCUUCAAGCCAGUCUACUCUUUUUAAAAUCACCCAGAGACAAUUUUAUUCCUAAUUGUGUUGGAGAAGAACCCGUCUCCUCCUUCCUCACGUCUUCUACCAGGUCGGAGACAGAAAAGCAUCCGCCCGCUCUGCGUCCCACUGACCGCAACUGAUUCACUGAAUGACCUGCGAAUGUAUUACGACCUCUCGUUUCAAUCCACCGCUUUUCACUUCUACUCUUUCCUCUCUGUCCGGGCCUGGUCCCGAACCCAGGACCCCCCCCCGCCCCCGCGGUGACUGCUUGAAUGUAAAUGUGUAAAAGUCACCAGCUCCUUCUGCUGUCCUCAGCCGACGGUUCCACUCAGUGUCCCUAUCAGUUGUCAUAUUGUGUACUUUAAAAACCUAACUUUUGAGUGUUGGAUUCGUUGGGUAGAUAAUAUCAAACCUUAGUGUGGAUUUUCAGCUUAUCCUUUUGGAAGCAGCCGGGGGAGACGUGUUUCUGAACAUUGUUGCAUGCUCUUUUCAUUUAUGGUGACGGCUCCUGCGGACGUGGUGUGGUAUGUGUGCGUGAAGCAUGUGUUCAUUGUGGCAGCUCACUAUUUCUUUUUGUGUAAAAGACAUUACGAUGUAUUUUUGUCAGGUAACUUCAGUAACGCAAUAAAAAUUGCAAUAUUUGUUC